ACUACUGCUUAUCUGUCUCCAUGUUCGGCACUUUUUAUCCUUCCUGUACUGAUGCUUGAAAGUCGACGACUGUAGCCCAGCUCCAGAACGAAGUCAAUUUGGGGCUUUUCAGUUCCUCUCUCCAAAUCGGUCCAAUGUCUCUUCCCCCAGCCGCAAUCCCCUCUCGCUCAACCAUGGAUAUGCAACUAUUUUCUUGGUAGGAUUAUGCUCUAAAUUUUCUUGAAUCUAGAGGGUAAUAAUGGUUGUUAACGACCUGGUCUGAACGAGAAAAGAAGUAAUCCAGCAAGAUUCAACUAUUGAUGAAGGGUGUAUAGUAUAAUUUCGUCAAUAAUACUGAAGGGGAUAUUUUCUGUGUUCCUUUUCUGCUUGACCAUAUCUGUAUUCCGGAAGAUAUCUAUUGCCCUCUCAUUAAUGGAUGUCAAUAACAUAAGGGGAUCUCAUCAAGUACUAUUAAACAAUAAGGACAGAACAGGAUGAUAUUUACUGGCUAUGCAACUUUCUCCAUCUAAAUUCAUGGUGGAUUCAUUCAGCUAACUAAGCAUGACAGCAUCAGUAGUUUCCUCAGUUUUGCAGAGGCUUGGUGACCUUGUCAUCCAAGAAGCUACCUUUUUAAGUGAUGUUCCUCGACAAGUAUCAUCCAUGAAAGCAGAACUGAGCCAGAUGCAAUGCUUCUUAAAUGUUGUGGAUGCCAAAUGUUUGGAAGGAAACAGCAUGAUGAAAAAUCUGGCCAGUAAUAUUCAAGACGUGGCAUACCGGGUGGAAGAGGUUAUUGACAAUGCUCAUUUCAUUUUUAGGAGGAGAAAGACUUCUGUAUCAAAAUAUACUCACAUCUUUGGUGAUUCCAUUGACCUCCGUGAGGUUGGCAAAAACAUACAAGUUAUAAGAAAGGAAAUUAGUGAGAUUUUUGAGCGGUACAACAGAUACAACGCAGUUAAUUCUAGCACUUCAACGGAAGCACAGCCCAUUUUUAGGGAGGAUGAGGAUUUCUAUGCACAAAGGCUUGUGCCGCCGGGUUUGGAUCAAGGAAUGGAUAUAGUUGGAUUCGAUCAUGAAAUUGCACAAAUUAAGAGUUACUUGCUUGACCAAAAUAACAUGAAUCUAACUGUUAUAUCGAUUGUUGGUCAGGCAGGGGCUGGGAAGUCCACACUUGCAAAACUAGCUUAUAGUUCAGUCAUAACUGAAGGUUAUUUUCACAAAUAUGGUUGGGUAUCCAUUUCUCCAAAAUAUUCUGCCCUUGAAGUAUUAAGAGAUCUCGUGCGACAGAUAAGGGGCACUGGGAAGAUAAGCGAGCGAAAGAGCAUGCAUUUAAAUUUCUAUGGUGAGACAGAGGUUUCAAAACUUAUUUUUGAUUUUCUGAAGGAAGAGCGCUACCUUAUUGUUUUGGAUGACAUCUGGACAACAGAUACCUGGGACAAGAUCAAAUCAGUAUUUCCUGACAAAGGAAAUGGAAGUAGAAUAAUUCUGACUACCCGUGAUAUGGAAGUUGGACAACAUCCUAAAACUAAAGUGCAAAUUCAUACCCCUGACCUAUUAGACGAAGACAAGAGCUGGGAACUUUUCCAGAAGAAGGCAUUUCCACAUGAUGUGCAAUUCACAGAACUUGAGGUGGUGGGGAAAAAACUCUCCAAGAAAUGCAAUGGCUUGCCACUUGCUCUAGUGGUUUUAGGUUGCUUCCUUUCACGAAACCACAAUAUUCAUACAUGGGAGAAAAUGGUUGCUAGUGUAGACUGGGAAAUCAUGAAAAAGGAGGGCGAUGUUGGACGUAUAUUAGCUCUAAGUUAUCACAAUAUGUCAAAUAACCUUAAAGCUUGCUUCCUUUAUACUGCAUCCUUUCCCGAGGACUACCCUAUCACAGUUCAUGUUCUUAAAAAGAUGUGGAUUGCUGAGGGAUUUGUCCCAAAUAUAAGAGGAUAUACACAAGAAGAAGUUGCCUACAGAUAUGUAGAAGAGCUGGCACAGAGAUGUAUGAUCCAAAUUGAAGAAAGAAGUAAAAACAUUGGGUGGAUAAAGAAAAUAAAAGUUCAUGAUGUGUUGCGUGAGUGGGGAAUUGGACAAGCCAGGAAGGAAGGUUUCUUGAAAGUUUGCUCAAGCGGCACAGAUGUGGAGACUUAUUAUGCAGAUGAACAGAGGUGUUACCGUGUAGCAUUUCAUGGUUACUUUGAUAAUGAAGUGGGAAAAUCAGUUCUGAAUCUCCGUUCUGUGCUGGCCUUCAACCCUGAUGGCAAACGUCUGUUUUCUUUCAAUGGGUUGCAUUUGUUGAGGGUGCUUCAUUUUUGCAGUUCCUUAAAGACAUGUACCUUGCCUGAAGAAAUAAACAAAUUGGUACAUCUGAGAUACCUGGGUUUGGAAGGUAGUACUGUUUUCAUGUUCCCUUCUUAUAUGAAAGGUCUUAGAAACUUGCAAAUUCUUGAAGCAAGUACAGCUACUGUCAAGGCACUUCCAAGUUCCCUCUGGAGCAUCGCAGCACUAAAGCAUGUUCAUGUCUACCAAGUACUGCAUUGGAAAGCCCAGGAGAUUAGAACGAAACGAAGCUUGCAGACUCUUUAUGUAUUUUCCAUAAUGCAGUGUGAUGCUCUGACGUGGAAAAGAACAAUCAGGUCUCUGCAAAAAAUGAGCCAACAUGUUUCCUGGUGCUUAGGGAUAGCCUCUACUAAACGCGUGAAGGAAAAAGAGACCCAAGAACAUGAAGAAUACAAUUUAGAUAUAAGGGUAGAUGCCUUAGAAUCCAAAGUUGAUGGUUUAGAAUUGUCUGGAUGUUUUAAAGAGCGUCACGUUCUGAAUGAUGUGCUUCCACAUCAUAAUCUAUUCCCAAACUUUCUAUUGCAGCUCAAGAUAUCUUGUCCCAAUAUACUAAAUGAUGAUCCAAUGCCAAUUCUGGAGAGACUUCCACGUCUUGAAGUGCUUGAAAUUGUUAACUCAUCAUACACAGGAAAGAGAAUAACAUGUUCUUCCGAGGGAUUCCUUGCAUUACGCAGUUUGGUACUUAUGGAUAUUGGUUUGGAGGAGUGGAAUUUGCAGCAGGGAUCCAUGGCGUUUCUCGCUGUUUUGACUCUCAAGUGUACCAUGCUGAGGAGCAUCUCAAAUGUACUUCACCAGCUGGAUGAUUUGGUAGAGCUUCGCUUGAUUUGCAUGCCUCAGCUCUCUGUUGAUGAUCAUGAGCCAGCUAGGGGGAGGGGAUGCCGUGUCAUGAUUUCAGUUGACGAGGAACAAACUUCUGAUACUUGAAUUUAGGGUUUCCCAGCAAAAUAAUCUACGACGUCAUCUUAAACACAAAGACUUCCCGAUCUUUCAUUCUGGCCAUAUAGGCUGUUUGAUCAUUCAUAUACGCAAAAUAUAUUCAGCGGCCUUCAUAGAACUUCCAUCACUUGCAUUUGCAACCAGGUCUAUCUCUUUCUCUCCUGAUGUACUAUCUCCCACUCCUUCCUUUCCACACUUGGGAUGCCGCCUCCUGUUCCCCACAAAGCAUCAUACCAUUCCCACCCCUUUUGGUGAGGUCCAAGAUAUCGAGGCAGAACUGCAGCAGAAUUUCCAUCCACAAUCACCUUCUAACCAGACAGGACGAGUUUUAUUUCUUCCUCAAGUAAGCAGAGGAAUUCCAUUUUCUGUAAGUUUGUGAUAGGUUGUUUUUUUCUUGACCAGAGACCAAAGAGGCUAGCUUUUUGUAGAAAGCAGUAUAGUGUACAUAAUAGGAUGUGUUUAACUCAAUUGUAUAUAGUGUUUUAGUUCUGUAUCGAAAGAGUUCUUAUGCAUAGAAGAUGCCCCUUAAAAAAUACAUGCAAGAUAUGCCAUCCUGACCCACAUGUCAUUGACUCAUGUGGGUCCUACAUAUCAUUGAGAUACCGAUGGCAUAUCUCAAACUUUACAAAAUUAUAAUGGCAUGGUUCCAAAUUACCCAUACUAGGGAAAAUUGGAACUAUGCUAUAUCGGGGUGGGGCUUUCUAUCAAAAAAGCAAUUUCUCAACAGUCAGGUUUGUGUGAUCCAAAUUAUGGGUAUUUUUAAAGUUUCUAAAUGUAAAAGGAGCAGUUUAUGGAUUAUGGUUAGCAAUAUUAUGGAUUAUGCUUCUGCCA